UUUGUGCUGCUUGACUAUGUUCAAAAUCGGCUUCCGGAGCUGUUAGUUUGUGUAACGACUGGAUGAAGUACAACCACCCCAAAACAGAAAAAAAAUUAAAUCAUUAAUAAUAUCAAGACAACCUGUUAUAUAUAUAUUUAUACUGUUUUAAACUAUAUUGUGAUGAGAGAUAUUCUAGCUUGCAACUCAGCCUGUUCGUUAGAAAGCAAGCAAAGCAACAACUGUGCGCCUAACGCCGUGGAUAGCUGCACAAGAACCCGGGAUCAUCCGUACUGCAAUUAGCUAGCUAACUUCCCGUUUACAUCAUGCUGGUGCACAGAUUGACGUUUCAAAUGCUGAGAUGAUCUUUCACCAGAAACCGCUACUCGAGUAACUUGCUUUCUAUUCGGUUAUAUGUGUGUGGGUGUAAAUCCUGUAAGUGCACGUACUGGAGGGACCCGGAAGGGAAGCACAGCUGCCGCUUCUGUCUCUGAUCUAUGAUCUAGCUGGCUCGCUAUUACUGUACUUGCGUGAUGGAAGAGUGAGCGGGACCCGGCAAAAGGCAGUUAAAUCUGAUUGAAAACGUUUGCAGAGGAUCAAUAAGACACUGGACCUGGCUCUGCACUGAUGUAGCGGGCAUCGGCACAGCCCGUCUCCACCUCCGUCUACCUCCGGCCCCCCCCCCCCUCAGUAAUGCGCUGUGCCCCCCCUAGCCUCCGCCACCAGGACACCCCACCCCCCCACGCCCGCUGCAGAGCAUCGCACGUCUCGGCCAGAAGGGAGGCUCCAGGCGCCUGAUCAAUAAGGAGUGAAGCGGGACCGCGGUGAGUCGCCAUGCCACAGGCGCGGAGUCCACAGCCUUAACGCCGCCUGCACGAAGAGGCCCGCCCGCCAUCGAGCCGCCCGCACCGCCGCCUUCGCCUGCGUGCUCCUGUCAUCGGCCUUGAGAGAGAGAGAGAGAGAAACACAUCACAUACUUUUCGCCUCUUGGUCUCGGUUGUUUUUUUCUUUUUUGGGACUCUCCUGGGUCCGUGCAGCCGGGCGGGUGGAAGCUGGGGGGAGACUCGUGGGAUGCGACCAUGUCGGACCUCAGGCAGCGCCGGCCGGUCAACUCGGACUACGCCGUCUCCCUGCUGGAGCAGCUCAAGUUCUUCUACGAGCAGAAGCUGCUGACGGACGUGGUGCUGCUGGUGGAGGACUCGGAGUUCCCCUGCCACAAGAUGGUGCUGGCCACGUGCAGCUCCUACUUCAGGGCCAUGUUCAUGAGCGGCCUGAGCGAGAGUAAGCAGACCCACGUGCACCUGCGCAACGUGGACCCGGCCACCCUGCAGAUCAUCAUCACCUACGCCUACACGGGCAACCUGGCCAUCAGCGACAGCACGGUGGAGCCGCUGUACGAGACCGCCUGCUUCCUGCAGGUGGAGGACGUGCUCCUGCAGUGCCGGGACUACCUGGUGAAGAAGAUCAACGCCGAGAACUGCGUGCGCAUGCUGAGCAUCGGCGACAUGUUCAGCUGCAGCGAGCUGAAGCAGAGCGCCAAGCGCAUGGUGGAGCACAAGUUCCCCGCCGUGUACCGGCAGGAGGCCUUCCUGCAGCUGUCCCACGAGCUGCUGCUGGACCUGCUGAGCAGCGACAACCUCAACGUGGAGAAGGAGGAGACGGUGCGCGAGGCGGCCAUGCAGUGGCUGGAGUACAACAUGGAGGCGCGCUCGCAGCACCUGUCCUCGGUGCUGAGCCAGAUCCGCAUCGACGCGCUCUCCGAGGUGACGCAGCGCGCCUGGUUCCAGGGCCUGCCGCCCAACGACAAGUCGGUGGUGGUGCAGGGCCUCUACAAGUCCAUGCCCAAGUUCUUCAAGCCGCGGCUGGGCAUGACCAAGGAGGAGAUGCUGGUCUUCGUGGAGGCGGCGGCGGCGGACUCGCCGGCCGACGGCCCGGGCGCGGGGCCCCCCCACGCCGUGGUGUGCUACAGCCCGCAGGCGGAGAAGGUGUACAAGCUGAGCAGCCCCCCCGGCGACCUGCAGAAGGUGGGCACGCUGGUCACCGCCGACAACGACAUCUUCAUCGCCGGCGGCCAGAUCCCGCUCAAGACCUCCAUCGCCAACCACGGCACGGGGGGGGGGCGGCUGCAGGCGGUCUUCCGCUCGUCGGACGGCUUCUUCUGGCUGGACGCGCAGCAGAACGCCUGGGUGGCCAAGACGCCCAUGCUGUGCGCGCGCAUCCGCCCGUCGCUGGUGCACUGCGACGGCGCCAUCUACGCCAUCGGCGGCGACAGCGUGGGCGGCGAGCUGAACAAGCGCACGGUGGAGCGCUACGACCGCGAGCGCGACGAGUGGACCAUGGUCAGCCCGCUGCCCGCCGCCUGGAACUGGAGCACGGCGGCGGCGGCGCGCGACUGCGUCUACGUGAUGACGCACGACCUGACGUACUGCUACUUCCCGCGCGCCGACGCCUGGGCCGAGAUGGCCUCGCGCAAGACCAGCCGCUGCUUCGCCUCGGCCGCCGCCUUCGGCGACCUCAUCUUCUACGUGGGCGGCCUGCACGUGGUCAGCAACUCCGGCGUGCGCCUGCCCGCCAGCACGGUGGACGGCUCCUCCGUGACGGUGGAGGUGUACGACGUGGCCAAGAACGAGUGGCGCCCCGGCGCCAACAUCCCCGCCAAGCGCUACUCGGACCCGUGCGUGCGGGCGGCGCCGCUGCUGGGCUCGCUCUGCGUCUUCAUGCGCGAGACGCACAUGAACGAGCGCGCCAAGUACGCCAUCUACCAGUACGACCUGGAGCUGGACCGCUGGCUGCUGCGGCAGCCCGUGUCCGAGCGCGCCCUCUGGGACCUGGGCAAGGACUUCCGCUGCGCCGUGGCCAAGCUCUACCCCUCCUGCCUGGAGGAGUCCCCCUGGAAGCCCCCCACCUACCUCUUCUCCCCCGACGGGGCUGAGGAGUUCGAGGUGGACGGCGAGAUGGUGUCCCUCCCGCACGUAUAGCUUUCUCAACGCCCCCCCCACACACCCCCACCAUUCCCCCUUUUCCCCCCACUCUUACUACCCCCAGUACCGAACUCGUAAACGCCUAGGGAUCUGUGGG